CCUGACAAGGCCGUCGCGCGCGUCUGACAGUUCAGUCAGCGUUCGCGCACGAAUGCGACGAUACGAUCGUCGGUCGUCGUGGCGGGCUUUUACUCGGCGCCGCGCUCACGGAAGCUCCAGCUCGGCAGAGCAGAGCUGACGUUUCUACCUGAAGAGGAAAGAGAAAGAGUGCUUUCGCUCUCCUCCGUCCAAUUUAUUUUUCUUUUCCGCACACACCUUCUCUCCCCUUUUCAGUCUUUUUUUCUUUCCCUCGGCACUUUCGCCAGUCCAUCGAAGGCGUUCCGUCAGGCAUCCGUGCAACCGCUGGGGCUGUGUGACCUGCUUCCGUUCUAUCCUCGCAGCGGUCCGACAGGCGGACGAGCAGAUACAAUCGAAUGAUGGAAUCAGUACAGGUGCCGGAAGACCUAAUAAUAAAUCCUGAUACAUUGCGGCCAUGGUCGUUACAUCCCACCAACCAUCAGACAAAUUCAACACAAGAAAAUGGACUAAUAAAUUCCGGAAUUACGCAAGAUUUUAACUCAUUCCCUUUCCGUAUAGAAGAAUCGUUAAACAGUAAACUAAUUUUAUGGAGUGGAAAUAUUACGCUGUUAAAUGUGGAUGUUAUUAUAAAUCCAACAAAUGUAACAUUUAAUGACGAAAAUAAAAUUAGCCAAUCGAUUAUUGCACAAGGAGGUGAGCCUCUUGUGUUGGAACUUAAAAAAAAGUCUGUCAAAAGUGGCGAAAUAAAAAUAACAGAAGCUUUUAAUAUGCCUGCGCAAUUUAUCAUGCACAUUGUUGGACUGCAGUAUAACUCAAAACAACAUAUAUCUGCGUUGGACAAAUUACAUUGUUGUUAUAGAAAUAUUUUGGAAAUAGCAAAAGAAAAAAAAUGGAAUUCUUUGGCUUUACCAAUAAUCAGUUUAAAAAAAGGAAAUUGCCCCGAACAUUUAGCGGCUCAUGUGGCCAUUAAAACAAUCCGUAAGUUUAUGGAAGAACACAACAGUUCAUUUAGCCAUAUUAUUUUAGUAUUGCUACAUUCUGAAUUCACAAUGUAUGAAGCAAUUACAGCACUCUAUUUUCCUCGAAAUGAGGUAGAGCAGAUUCAAUCCCGCUUACAUUUUUUUCAAUUAUCGAAUGAAGUUAUCACAGAUGAAGAUGGGACAGACAAAGAAAAUAUAUUUCCUGUAAAUAAGCAAAUUAAUAUAAUAAAUAAUCCGCAGCAUAUACUAGAAGGAGCAGAGUUAAUUGAACUUGAAACAAUCGAAAAUGGUGAAUUUGGCCUGCCGGGUGAAUUAGAUCGAGAAAAACUGCUUGGAUCUCCUGCUUUGCCACUUGCAGACGGAAUCGACUAUAGACAUAUGCAGCAAAGCGAAAGAUAUGAACGACUUCUGAGGAGAGCAAAAAUGGAAAACCUCGGUGAAAUAUCCGGGAUUGGUUGCUUAUAUCAAAGUGGUGUGGAUCGACAAGGACGGCCAGUAAUAGUCUUCUUGGGCAAAUGGUUUCCAGCUUCGAAAAUAAAUCUGGAAAAGGCUAAAAUGUAUCUAAUAUCAAUUUUGGAUCCUAUUGUGAGAGGAGAUUACGUAAUUGCAUAUUUCCACACCCUCACGAACAGCAACAAUCAUCCCACUUUUCAAAUGCUGUACGAUGUCUACAGUGUACUUCCGUACAAGUAUAAAAAGAAUCUUAAACAUUUCUACAUUGUCCAUCCUACUUUCUGGACCAAGAUGAUGACGUGGUGGUUCACGACCUUUAUGGCUCCAGCUAUUAAGCGAAAGGUUCAAAAUAUUCAAGGAUUAGCACAUCUUUAUGAACUUAUGUCGCCAGAUCAACUGGAAAUUCCAGCUUACAUCACAGAAUAUGAUAUGAAGGUAAACGGCCUGCAAUAUUUUCAUACUCGAAUUAACCUGCCGUCGCCAACGUCAACCUAAAUUCAGGUCACUAAAAUUAUUAUAAUUUGCAAGUGAAAUGAAAAAUCAAGGAGUUUUUUUAUUUUAUCUGCAAAUUAUAGUAAAGGAAAAUAUAAUCUGUUUAGCAAUAACACUUUUAACUGUGCAUAUAAUUCUUAUGCAAACCAUUUCUUUUUUAAUUAUAAAAUGUUUUUACUAAAUGUUUUUAAAUUAAAAAAUUUAGAAACACCUUUUAUCUAUCAAAUUACAGUACCACUGCCCAUUUUUAACGUUAAUUGGCUCUUUUUACUCGCGCUUGUGUAUACAAAUUUUUACAUUUUACUUCGGAAGUACGAAGAUAAAACUUAAUACAUCGGACAACAAUCCGUUUAUUAAAAAUGUUUUGAAUAUAUCAUACUUAUUCGAAGUUUUUAAAUUUUAACAACUAUAACAGAUAAUAUUUUCCUUAUAUUUAUUUCUUAUAUUUAUUUUUUAAUAGUAAUGUAAUUUUUUAGAAAUUACUAGGAAAAUAUAUUAAUUAAAAUUUAUUAGUAACUUCUUCAAAAUAAAUUAUUAUUCGAAUGAAUACUGAUACUUUGGUAUGUUCGUUCUAUACUUAGAACGAAUCUCAGCUGCCAAAAUAUCAAUAAUUAUUAUUAUUGUAUUGAUUAAGAUAUUGUGCUGUGCUGCCAUAUAUUUUUUCGAUAUAUUAAUAAUAAAUCUCCGGCUGCGAACAAAGAAUGUUUGAACCUAUAUGUUGUGUAUAUUACCGUGUCUUUGGUGCUCAACUGAUUUGAUUAAUUUUAAACUUUUGUCUUCUCUCUUGCGGAGACUUUGAUACUAAAUACCGAACAGUGCUCAUGCACGCGAAAUGUUAUCGUUGAGCACCGAAGUUAUAUGUAUGGAACUGUUCUUCUAGAAUAGAAAAAAACAAUACAUUUAAGAGCUUGUUCAUUAAUGUAUUUUAACAGGAAAAAAUUAUCCCCAUUGUUAAUGCAUUAAACAUGCAUUUUAGCGACUAAAAAGAUAAAGGAAUUAAAAUCUGUUAAUUGCGUUGAUGAGCACAUUUCUCACCCUCACCAAAUCACAAAUUUUAUAGCAAGUAUAACGUCAUUUACUCUUUUAAUCUUUUGCCAAUUAGUUUUUGGCAUAAUAGAAAAAAAAAUUAUUUUAUGCUUAAUCGUAAAUGCGAAGACAAUGGGUUAAUUAAUUAUGUCCGCCAUAGAUACGACACACAGUUGUAUCUUCGGCAAAGACACCAUAAUUAAUAUAUAAACAUUUACUUCCAAAUAUAGCUAUACGAUGAUUAUUAUUAAUUUUAACUUAGUAAUUGUCGUAUUAGUAAUCAUCGUUUAGCUACAUUUAGUAUAUUAGCAAUUAAAACUAUUUGUAAUCAUAAUUUGACUAUAUUUAGAAAACGCAAUUGAGUAAACGCGAUUUAUUAAAUAGAUUCUAAUUAUUAAAUUCUUGCUAUUCUUAAAUCGCGUUUUCGCUCAAUUGAUUACACAAUCUUUGUGUCUUCUAAAUGUAGUCAUUCUGCUCGCAGCGAUGGAAGAGUAUUUAUUGCAUUUACAUAUGAGUAUGUUUUACAAACAAUUUUAAUACUAUUUGCGCUGCGAAUAGUCAGAAAAUAUUAAUCUAGAUUAUUUCUUAUUUUUUACAUAUAUCUUUGUACGUUGGCUUGAAAUUUUUCUUUACGUAUGUAUUAACGAGAGAGAUUUGCGCGCGCGCGCAUUUAUAAUGUUAUUUUAUUGUUUCAAAAUUUUAAUUUUAACUGACAAAAACUCAAUAAUCUUUCUAACAAUUGAUAUUAUUGGCGUAAUUGCUGUAAUUGGUGUUAUUGCUUUAACCGAUGUACUUAUUUUGGUUUUCUACGAUAUACUAUGAGUCGUUCGUUAGAAACGCAUAGAACACAAAUGCUCUAACGUUAAGUAUUAAAAUAAUUUGUUACACCAAUUACAUCAAUGGUGUGAGUGAUACUUAUAUAGAACACCAUCUUUAUCAUACGUAUCUGUAUACGUUAGAACAUUUGCGUUCUACACAUAUUUUUUCUUUGAAAUCUCUUGUUGGCUGUACUUAAUUAUAAUAUUUAUUAUAUGCAAUUUUUUUAAACUAUUAAUAUACAAAUAUUUUCUAGAAAUGUAAAGUGUAAAGUAAGAAUUACUUAAUAAUUUUUAUAUAUUUGUAAAAAUGAUAAAAAUUAAUAAUGAACGAUUCAUAAUAUCAUAAGAGACCAAAAA